UCUGACGUCAUCACCGCACCAGCAGUACGAGAAUAAAUGGCGACCAGACCUCACUUUGUUGCAAAAAAAUACAAAUUUGAUCCUUUAUUUUACCCUAUUUUAGCGUGCUUUGUAUGUAUACCAACCAACCGAGUGCUAGGCCAACCGUCAGAGAGUCAUCCCAGCAGGGAUUCUGUGCCAAUUUGAGGCUUCAUCCAUCCGAAAGAAUGAAAUAAUGAAUCUGGACUCCCAUUCGUUGGCCUUGUCUCAAGUCACGAACCUUGUGAGCAAUUUGUCGAAGAAAAACUACAAGCAGAGUGUUGCAGAACUUUCCCGUCUUGUCAGCCAGCAGGGGCCGGAGGGGGACAGGCAUCUGCUGCGCUGCCUCUUCUCAUACGUUGACUUCAGUAGUGAUGGUAAAAACGCCACCAAGGAAUUCCAUCAGCUGCACGUUCAGUUACUGACUCAAGAGUGCACCACACUCUUUGCCAAACCCAACUUCGUUUGUACCCUGUGCCACGCCCUCGACAACCCCCUCCACCAGCAGAAGAGUCUCAAGCCAUCAGCUCAACUAUUUUCCCAGAUCAGCAAGGUCUUGAAGCUAAGUCGAGUCCAGGAAGUAGUUGUCGGCUUAGCCCUCACCCACUCCUCCAAAGCUGACACACGAACUCAUGCUUUGCAGUUUGUCAAACAGAAGUUGCCAGACUUAUUGCGGUCGUACAUAGACAGUGACAUACGCAGCCCACAAGAGGGCGGUCUCGCUGACGUCUCGGCCGAGGUCUUGCACCUGCUGCUGACCCACCUACUCCACAGCUCCAAGGACCAGUUGGGCAUCCCUGUGCCCCAGCGAGAAGCAUUCCUCAAGACCAUUAAAAAGGACUUUCCUCCGGACCAGGUUCCUGUGGUGCUGGUACCUUUGCUGUACAGUGACACGCAGGACAUCAGGAUGGAUAGGAUCGUCAAUGAUAACACAAACCUGCCCAAAGCAGUGAUGGACGGCUCUCUAGCCGACAUGAUGCAGGAAGUCGGCUACAGCUGCUGUGCCACCAUGGACGAGUGCCGCAAGUCGCUAGUCCAGUUUGGCGCGGGCAGCCUGACUGCCUCGGCAGUAGCCAGAGUCAUCGGCAUGAUGGCCAAGUCACACACGGGCCUGACGGAAAACAUGCCACUACAGUCCAUCACCGGAAGCAGUGUGUGGAGCGAGGGCAAGGACAAGACCGACCCCAGCUCCCAGCCCACCACGUGGAACGUGGACGUCUUCGUGGAAGUGGUCAAGGACCUGGCCCCGCACCUGAACUUCCGGGAGGUCAUCUUUGAGAUGGACCACCCGGGGUUCCUGCUGAAGGAUGCGCAGGGUUUGCGCAUCGUCAAGAACGCCUUCCUGCGAGGGCUGCAGGACGUGUUCCCCAUCGAGGUGCUGUACAGGGUCUGGAAGAACACAGACGGACAGCUGUCCUGGAUCCAGCUGGCGUUGGCCAAUCCAGAGGUCUUCUGUUUUGCCGACUACCCUUGCCACACGGUCGUCAUCGAUAUCCUGAAGGCCCCACCAGAAGAAGAUAACAGAGAGGUGGCUACAUGGAAGUCGCUGGAUCUCGUCGAGACGCUUCUCAAGCUCGCCGAGGCGGGCAAGUACGAGCAAGUCAAGAGCCUGUUCAGCUUUCCCAUCAAGCAUUGCCCGGAUAUGCUCCUCCUGGCUCUCCUACAAGUACAGAGGAAACUGGAGCAUGAGUUAAUGCAGCACGUUAUAGCCACUGCCGCACUGAUGAAGGCUAAUGUACAGGAUAAAUGGCGUCGCAAGCAGAUGUGCCAGCAGCCCAUCUGGACUCCAUUGCGACAUGAGCUCAUCUCAACCUUGAUGCCCAUCUUUCUUGGCAAUCAUCCAAAUUCUGGCAUCGUGCUGCACUACGCAUGGCACGGACAGGGUCAGUCGCUGACCAUCCGUCAGAUCGUGAUGCAUUCCAUGGCAGAGUGGUACAUGCGGGGGGAGAACGACCAGACCCGUCUCUCCCGCAUCCUGGACGUAGCCCAGGACCUCAAGGCUCUGUCCUUGCUGCUCAACGCCACGCCGUUUGCCUUUGUUAUCGAUCUGGCCUGCCUGGCGUCCAGACGGGAGUACCUGAAGCUGGACAAAUGGAUGACAGACAAGAUCAGAGAGCAUGGGGAGCCGUUUGUCCAGACCUGCGUGACAUUUCUGAAGCGUCGGGCACCUCAGGUCAUCGGCGGUCUGGCCCCGGAGCCCAAGGAGCUACCAGGGGGAGGCAAGACUGGUGUCCUGCCCCCAGAGACUAUAGGGACCAUGCUGGCAUGCCUGCAAGCAUGCGCAAGUUCCGUUGCCCCUGACCUUGCUGAGACCAUCAUGACAAUGGUAGCCAACUGUUCCAAUCUCCUCAAGUCCCGGCCGCCGCCGGGCGUCAUCAAAUCUCAGGUUGGAAUCUCGUCAUUGUCUCCUGGCAUAGGACCACAGAUGGAAGCCAUGGGUGGCAUGUCUGGUCUUGGCAGCACCACCCCAACCACUCCAGGCAUCCACAACUUCCCAAACAACCCUCUCAGCUCCGCCUUCGGCAACAUCCAAUCAGCAGCCGCCGCGGCGGCCUCUCAGAAACCAUUCCCUCCCCUGGGCGGGGGUUCCAUGGGUGGUAGCUCCCUGGGUGGGGGAUCUCUCGGGGGAAGCGGCCUGGGCACUGGGAGUCUGGGAUCCAGCAGUCUUGGGGGAGGCUUAGGAUCAGGGGGCCUGGGCUCUUCCGGCUUCGGCGGGGGUCUGGGUGCCAAUGGGCUGGGCGGGGGUUCAGGCAGCAGCCUUGGGGGUGGGCUAGGGGGUGGGUUUGGGAGUAACUCCUCCGGAGGGUUCGGUAGCGGGUCCGGAUUGGGUGGCGGGUUUGGUGGAAGCUCAGCUGGCGGGUUUGGAUCUGGUUCGGGUUCAGGGUUAGGCGGAGGGUUCGGGAGCUCCUUGGGGAGUGGUCUCGGGGGCGGGCUGGGUGGGGGAUUAGGCUCCAGUGGGCUAGGAGGAGGCUUAGGUGGGGGUCUAGGGAGUGGUUUUGGGAGUGGCCUGAGCAGUGGCCUAAGCAGUGGCCUAAGCAGUGGUCUAAGCAGUGGUCUAGGAGGCACACUUGGAGGUGGGUUAGGGGGUGGACUGGGAGGCGGUCUCGGUGGUGGACUAGGUGGUGGACUAGGUGGAGGACUAGGUGGAGGUCUUGGAAGUUUGAGUGGAGGCAGCAACAUACAAUCAAACCCACAUGAACUACGAGGGAACAGCGCUCUGCCAUCAGUAGGCGGGGACCCUUUCAGUAGGCAAGCCGGUAGCACUGCUCCUGGUGCAGGGUUUGGGAACCAGACCCAACCGGCUAUCAACCAGCCAGCUAAAUCCAACGCAGGGGCCAUCAAACCAGGUGAUAUCUCCAAUAUCUGGCCCGAGCUGAGCCAGACCUACCCGCCUGAGAUUGACGAGGAGGCCAAUGGCUACUUCCAGCAGAUCUACAACCAGCCGCCCAGUCCCGUCAUGUCGGUGGACGACGUGCUGCAGAUGCUGAAACGAUUCAAGGACUCGCAAGUCAAGAAAGAGAGGGAGGUGUUCAUGUGCAUGCUGCGUAACCUGUUUGAGGAAUACAAGUUCUUCCCCCAGUACCCUGAGAGGGAACUGCUCAUCACGGCAUGUCUGUUUGGAGGAAUCAUCGAGCAAGGAUUGGUCACUUACAUGGCCCUAGGCAUCGCCCUUCGUUACGUCCUCGAGGCCCUGCGUAAACCCCACGGCAGUAAGAUGUACUACUUUGGGAUCGCGGCGCUGGAUAAAUUCAAGACUCGGCUCAAGGACUAUCCGCAGUACUGCCAGCACCUGUCCGCCAUACCUCACUUCAGUGAGUUCCCACAGCAUCUGACAGAGUAUGUCCAGUUUGGUGUGAUGUCCAGAGACCCGCCUCAGCGCGUCCCGACACCCUCCAGUACUGCCGUCACCACGGCAUCAACAUCCACCACGGUGGUCACCACGACGCUGUCCACCUCUAGCGCAGUCAGCACGGUCGCUACAACCACCACCACAGCGGUCACCAAGCCUGCCACCAAGACGGGAACCACGGCUCCAUCCAUCGCCAACACGACCAACAUUGACACCCUCUUAGUGGCCACGCCCAAAGAUGAAGUCAUCAAUGAACCACCAGAGAGCGUCCAAGACAAAGUGGCUUUCAUCUUCAACAAUCUUUCCCAGUCAAACCAACCACAAAAGUGUGAGGAGUUGAAAGAUUUGAUAACAGAGGAGUACCUGAACUGGCUGUCCCAGUACAUGGUCAUGAAACGAGCCAGCAUCGAGAUGAACUUUCACCCUCUCUACUCCAACUUCGUGGACCAGCUCAAGAAAGCUCCUCUGAACGACCUCUUAGUCAAGGAAACGCUGAGGAAUAUUGAGGUCUUGCUAGGCUCGGACAAAAGUGACGCCAACUUCUCUGAUCGUACUCUCUUGAAGAACUUGGGCCACUGGCUGGGAAUGCUGACUCUCGCCAAGAACAAGCCCAUACUACAAAUCGAGCUCGACAUGAAAUCCCUGAUCCUAGAGGCCUACCUCGUGGGCCAGCAGGAGCUUCUGUACGUGGUCCCCUUCGUGGCCAAAGUCAUGGAGUCCUGCAACAAGAGCCGUGUCUUCAAGCCCCCUAACCCCUGGACCAUGGCCAUCAUGGGGGUGCUGGUGGAGCUACACCAGGAACCUAACCUCAAGCUCAAUCUCAAGUUUGAGGUGGAGGUGCUGUGCAGGAACAUGGGCUUGGACCUUGUGGACGUGAAGCCCAGCAACUAUCUCAAGGACUACGCCAACCAGCGUCACCUCAAGAAGAAACUCACAGGCCCCAAGAAGACGGCGUCCGAGGAGCCCCAACCGGCCCCGACGCCCCAGCAAUCCAGCAUGCCGACCAACACCGCCACCCCGGUGCCCAGCAGCACCGGUUCCAUGGCCUCGUUGGUGACAGACACCAUGCCCACGCCUUCAAUGUCCACUGUGACCACGCCCACGGUGGCGCCUACGUCAGGCGCGCCAGCCACGCCUCAGUCGUCGGCCCCUGUGCCCCAGUUCAGCUUCCACGAUCUGAACACAACGUCGCUGACUGGUUUGGCCCCUCACAUUGCUGUCAAUGCACAGCUGCCACUAUUUCAGCAGCAUCCUCACCUGCGUAGCUGCGUGCGGCCCAUGCUGGAGAGAGCAGUCCAGGAACUAGUCCACCCUGUGGUUGACCGAUCCAUCAAGAUUGCGCUGACUACUUGUGAGCAGAUAGUCAGAAAGGAUUUUGCCCUGGACCCAGAAGAGAAUCGCAUGCGCAUCGCAGCCCACCACAUGGUGCGUAACCUGACGGCCGGCAUGGCCAUGAUCACGUGCCGCGAGCCGCUCCUGACCAGCAUCAGUAACAACUUCAAGACGGCUUGUGUUGCCGCCCUCAAGGGAGGCACACCCCAGACCAAAGAGCUGAUAGACCAGGCGGCUACCGUCGUGGCCCAGGAGAACGUGGAGCUGGCCUGCUGCUUCAUCCAGAAAUGUGCCGUGGAGAAAGCCAUCCCCGAAAUGGACCGACGUCUAGCGACUGAAAUUGAGCUGCGCAAGCACGCCCGUAACGAGAAUCGCCGCUACUGUGAUCCUGUAGUGUUGACAUACCAGGCUGAGCGAAUGCCUGAACAGAUUCGACUCAAGGUUGGUGGUGUGCCAGCCGGCCAGAUCGCCGUCUACGAGGAAUUUGCUCGCAGCAUUCCUGGCUUCCAGCCAACGCCAGAAGCCAAUCAGCCGCCAGGAUUCCUGGUCAAACCAGUACAGCAAUCCUAUGCCACAGACGAGAUCACCCAGAUCUACGACAAGUGCGUAUCCGAGAUAGAACAGCACCUGCACGCCUUGAUCCAAUCCUCGGCCCAGAACCAACACAUGCAGGUCCUGCAUGCCUUGCUGGAAGCCGUAGUCCUAGCCAGGAACUCACGGGAGAUUGUCACGGCUCUGGCUGUACUACAGAAGGCUGUUGAGGGCCUCCUGGAAGGGUAUACCCCACAGACCAUGGACCCGGAGCUGGCCUUGCGAUACCGUGACUGUCACAUCCUGGUACUGAAGUCGCUACAAGACCAACGGGCCUAUGGCCCUCAGUGGACCAAUAAGCAGGUCACACGAGUGGUGUGUGAGACGCGCAGUGAACAGAAGUACAACCUGGACGCCGUGGAGCAGCUCUUCAGAGCCCACCUCAUGAAUAUGCAGACCUUUGACAUGCAGUUAGCUCAGUCGAUGGAGAACGGCCUGAAUUACACAGCGGUGGCCUUUGCCAUGAACGUUGUCCGCCGUUACUUGAUCGAGGAGAAACAAAGUAACAUCCUGAAUGAGGCCGACCUGUACAAUACACUGCAUAUCCUGAUGCGUAUAGCAAAUCAAACACCUAACCCACCCGAAGGCCUACAGCACCUGAUUGAGGUGGUGCGCCAGAAUCACGACCCAGCCUUCUUAGACAAGGCUCCAGGGGGACCCACCUCUAUGAUGCACUCGGGUAUCUCCCAGGCCAGGGAGUUUGACGACCCGCCAGGCCUGAGGGAGAAGACAGAGUACCUGCUGAGGGAAUGGGUCAGCAUGUAUCACUCCCCGGCUAGCGGCAAAGACAGCACCAAGGCCUUCUCGGCUUUUGUCAACCAGAUGCACCAGCAGGGAAUCCUCAAGACGGACGACCUGAUCACCCGUUUCUUCCGCAUCUGCACGGAGCUGUGCGUGGACCUGUGCUACCGGGCCUUGGCGGAGCAGGCCCACACCCCGACGCUGACCAGGGCCAAGUGCUUCCACACCCUGGAUGCCUUCGUGCGUCUGAUUGCGCUCCUUGUCAAGCACUCCGGGGACGCCAGCAACGCCGUGACCAAGAUCAAUCUACUGAACAAGGUCCUGGGCAUUGUAGCCGGUGUUCUCCUUCAAGACCACGAGGUACGCAACACGGAAUUCCAGCAGUUACCGUACCACCGCAUCUUCAACAUGCUUCUGCUGGAACUCAACGCCCCGGAACAGAUCCUGGAGGCCAUUAACUACCAGAUUAUGACAGCCUUCUGCAAUGCCUUACACGUCUUGCGGCCUUCCAAAGCGCCAGGUUUCGUCUACUCCUGGCUGGAGCUGAUAUCACAUCGCAUCUUCAUAGCACGGAUGCUGGCCAUGCUGCCCCAACAGAAGCAAGGGUGGCCCAUGUAUGCACAGCUACUGAUUGACUUGUUCAAAUUCAUGGCACCAUUCCUACGCAAUGCUGAGCUACCCAAGUACACUGCAUUGCUCUACAAGGGUUGUUUGCGGGUGCUGCUGGUCCUUCUCCACGACUUCCCAGAAUUCCUGUGCGACUACCACUACGGUUUCUGCGACGUCAUCCCGCCCAACUGCAUCCAGAUGCGUAAUCUGAUCCUGAGCGCGUUCCCGCGCAACAUGCGUCUGCCGGACCCCUUCACGCCCAACCUCAAGGUGGAGAUGCUGUCGGAUAUCACCCAGCCGCCGCGCAUCAUGACCAACUUCUCGGCCAUGAUACAGCCGGCCUCUUUCAAGAAGGACCUAGACUCGUACCUCAAGACCCGCAGCACUGUCACGUUCCUGUCGGAGCUGCGCGGUCACCUGCAGGUCUCUCAGGAGCCCGGCCAGCGUUACAACACGGCCCUGAUGAACGCCCUGGUCCUGUACGUGGGCUCGCAGGCCAUCGCGUACAUCCACAGCAAGAACAGCACGCCUUCCAUGAGCACCAUCCCUCACUCCUCGCAUAUGGAUAUCUUCCAGAACCUAGUGGUGGAUCUGGACACGGAGGGUCGGUAUCUUUUCCUGAAUGCAAUAGCCAACCAGCUACGUUACCCCAACAGUCACACUCACUACUUCAGCUGCACUCUCCUGUAUCUCUUUGCUGAGGCCAACACGGAGGCAAUGCAAGAACAAAUCACGAGGGUACUGCUAGAGCGAUUGAUUGUCAACAGACCACACCCAUGGGGCCUUCUCAUCACCUUCAUUGAUCUCAUCAGGAAUCCUAACUUCAAGUUCUGGAAUCAUGAGUUUGUCCACUGUGCCCCGGAGAUUGAAAAAUUGUUUGAGUCGGUUGCCAGGAGCUGUAUGCAGCAGAAGAGCCAGGCGCCAGUUAUGAACCGGGAACCGGUGGAGGCACACGAGUAAACAGUUGACCUCUUCCUCCAUCGACCUCUCGGACUAUACCACACAGUGAUCUUAUUUCAGACACGGAAAUAUGAUGUGAAAUAUAUAGCCUUGUGUUCAGCCGCUGUGCAGCUGUACACGCCGGCUGUAUAUGAGGUUUUGUUGUACAGAUGUAUUUAAUAAAAAGGUCUUGCAAUGUGUUGAGGUGGCUACUAGCGAUGUGACUGAAGACUAGGUACGUCUGUGGUCAAGGAGAAUGAAUUUGGAAGCCAGAUCUCUCUUUUAAAGGACAUCAUCCACUUCACGUCUGGUAUCCUAAUCGUCAAAGAGAGCACCAGUCUAAAGCAUGUGGCAGCCAUGUUGGUGUCAGAUGCCAUGCACUACACGUCUGGUAUUCUAAUUGUCAAAGAGAGCACCAGUCUUAGGACUGUGACAGCAGACCUAAUGAUUUUCCUACACUCUUUUAUGAGACUCUAAGUAAGGCUCAUGUUAAAAGUAGUCUGGUACCAAUGGGAUGGAAUUGAGUACAUAUUGAACAUUGCCUUUGUACAAGGGAACUAGACACACUACAAGUAGCCAUGCUUAGGGUACCAUGUGAUACUGUAGUGAUCUUCAUCAAACAAAAGGUUUUUUAAAAGAAAAUGUUUGUUUUUUUCCCUUUUUUCAAGGGAAAAAAUAACAAAUUGGAAGGGGACAUUUAAUCCCUUUUAACAUCAUUGAUAUUGUAACUGUCUUGGAAUUACAGUGACAUUUCUCUGAUGAGUCUGAUUUCAGAUAAUAUUUACAAUAAUCAUUUUCUUUUCUUUUCCAUUUUGGGAUGUGUCCAAUUUUCGUUUCAUCACUAAAAAAUUAUAUAAAUUUGAUUGCUCGUAUGUUCAUUGAAAGAGUCUUGACAAUUUGUUUAUUAUUCACAUUUUUUUUCAACACCAUAACGUCGUAUUUGUAUAAUUUUGAACUUUGGUUAAUUAUCUGGCAAUUGUUUGGGUUUUCUGGUUAGGCGCCAGAUUUUGUUACGCAACACUUUCAUGAGUUAUACAUUAGACCUUGAACUCGCACUGAUGCGCUAUAAACAACCUGUGAAAUCCUGAACCACUGUUAGUGUUGUUGGGGUUUAAGGGUUUAAGGGUCUGGCUCGACGUGGGGAAAUGACAGAAUUAAUCAUGUCUUACCGAUUUUGUGUCAGAUUUUCACAUCAACUUGAUGAUCUGAAAACAUUUGACUACUUUUUGUUUUUGGGUUUUUUUCCGUUAAUUUUGGGAUUAUUUUUGUUUUGGAGGGGGUGGAGUACCCUUUAAAAAAUUUGGUUUCUGGCAGGUUUGAACCGGUGAAAAGUCAGUAAUUUUUCACUUUAUUAUGUUGUAAUCCUCCAACCUGAAUGGGUUUUUCCAAAGAACAGGAGCCUUUCAGUAAACCAUCUCAGAUAUUUCCAGGCAUUUGUUGUGUAAACAUUAAGAUCUCAUUUGAAAAAGUAACCUUAAAGGAAACGAAUUAUUUACGUAUCCAAUUGAAGCAUUGAAAGAAACAUGAACACGAUUUUUGGAUGAGCUUGCAAGAUUUCAGGCUCAAACUAUUAUGGGCCAUAUCGUAUCCAUGUCUUUAACAAUACGGCACCUGUUAAGCACCAAAGUAUUAUGGGAUACCAUUAAUUCUCCAUAUAUGGUCAAGUUGGUAUCACUUUUUGGUAUUAACAUAAAUUAAGGGACACUGUGUUUUCAGAGAUUGUAAGCCACGUGAUGCCCUUGUAGUGGCAGUUGAUUCCAUUUUUUGAUAAACACUUGUUUGCAAAUCCUGUACAUAUAAGACCUUGACGUAUAUAAUUGUCUGCUUCAUAUUAUGACGAAUUAAAAAAAGCUUUACUUCAGCAUUUA